AUGGCACUUCCUCCGAGCUCUAUUGGCCCAAUCUUAGAUGCAAGAUUGUCCCUUGAGAAGUGCAGCUCUACAGCCGACCGCGUUUCAGCCGCCACUCCUCUAGAGUCCCAAAUCCGUGUCGUGCCGCCCUCUGAAUACAAGGCUGCCGCCCAAUGUCUUGCCGAGGCCUUCGUCGAGGAUCUUGUGAUUCGAUAUCCUAUCGACACCCCUGACCGGGCGCACUGGACUGAAGACCAGCGCUUCACCCUCCAUCGCCAGGCUCUGGAGUACAUCACCUACGCUCAUUGUGUCAAAGGGCUCGUGACCACAGUCGGAGACGAUUACGGCUGCGUGGCUUUGUGGAUGCCGCCGGGCAAGAACAUGGACGAUUGGUGCACGAUCCUGCGGAGUGGGAUGUGGAGGCUGAACUUCCAGUUGAGCUCGGAGGGGAAGAAGCGGUUCUUUGACGAGUUCCUGCCGUUGCUGCACACGACCAAGGAAGAAGUCAUGGGCGAGCGUGAUGACGACUGUUGGUAUCUUGUCUAUCUCGGGACCAAGGUCGACAGUCGAGGGAGAGGCUAUGCGAGGAAACUGGUCGAGCACGUUACCGCGCAGGCUGAUCAUGAGAACCGAGCAUGCUACCUCGAGAGCUCGAACGAUAUCAACCCCGUCAUCUACGGCAAAAUGGGCUUCAAAUUCGUCAAGAAGAUCUACCUCAAGCGUGCCGAGAAAGCUAUCAGAAUGGAUAUCAUGGUCAGGGAGCCUAUGCAAACAACUACAAACGGAAAGCUGUAA